AUGGCUUUGGAGGGGGGAAAGAAGAAGAAGUAUACAGUAAUCGCCAUUGCGACGAUGCUUGUGGUUGCAGCUGUUGUUGGCACCAUCUUCCACGUUAGAAGAAGUACCAAAGAAAUUGAAAUUCACACCGAAGAGAAAACUGGAGCGGUCAUCUUGCUCGCUGCAACGGUUGUCACAGCAACAACUAUAAUAAUUCUAUGCAAAUACACCGAUUUCCGUGAUAUUUGUAGAGAAACAUUAGAGAGAAUAAAGGCCGGAAUAAAGGCCCCUAGCCAGCUCAUAAAAGCUAGUUUUGCCCAUGCAGUGGAACGUAUCCAAUUUGCGAUUGAUAAAUCAUCAACCAUUCGACAAUCAGAGAAGGAUCCUCGGGCCGUAGUCGCCUUGGACCAAUGUAAAGAGCUUCUCGGCGUCUCGAUCGAUGAUCUAAAAAGAUCAAUUAAUAAGGUUAGUCUUUUUGAUGUUCCAAAGCUAAAGGAUAACACAAUUGAGCUUAGAGUUUGGCUUAGUGGUUCGGUGACAUAUCAAGAAACGUGCAUUGAUGCGUUUGACAACACGACCAGCAAUUCAGGACCCGCGAUGGUGAAGUUGUUGGAUCUCGGGAUCAAACUCACACGAAACAGUCUUGCGAUGCUUGAUGGAAUUAUUGAGAUGCUUGACCAGACACCGAUUGAUGAUCAGGAGCCAGAAUCUCAAUCAGAAAACGAACCAAUCAUGUUGCAUGAAACAGACACACCUUAUCCUACGUGGGCUGAUACUUCAAGGCGGUCGUUGAUUAAUGCUGAUCCGGGCACGUUGAAGCCGAAUGCGGUUGUGGCUCAAGACGGGUCAGGACAGUUCAAGACGAUCAUGGAGGCGGUUAAUACAGCCCCAAAACGAUCUCCCCAGCCGUUUAUCAUACUUAUCAAAGCGGGUGUUUACAAGGAAUAUGUUACGAUUCCUAGGGGUAUUGACAAUGUCGUGUUCCUUGGAGAAGGUCCGACAAAAACUAAGAUCACCGGAAACAAGAACUACAUUGACGGGGUCGCUACAUUCCAUAGUGCCACUGUUGCGGUUAACGGGGACGGGUUCAUGGCUAGGGGCGUAGGGUUCGAAAACACUGCUGGACCCGAUAAGCAUCAAGCGGUAGCUUUGCGAGUAUCCGCGGAUAUGUCUAUCUUUCAUAACUGCGUGAUGGAAGGUUACCAGGACACCCUAUACACCCACUCGUACCGCCAAUUCUACCGCCAAUGCAGCAUAAGCGGAACCAUCGACUUCAUCUUCGGUAACGCAGCAGCCGUGUUUCAAGACUGCAAAAUGAUAGUCAGGAAGCCAAUGAGCAACCAAGCAUGCAUGGUAACAGCCCAAGGCCGCAAGGACCAACAUUCUGUUGGCGGUCUUGUUUUCGAUGGAUGCACCAUAACCGCGGAGCCCGACUUCUUGAGCGCAGCGCCCAUGCCCAAGUCUUACCUCGGACGUCCGUGGAAGGAGUUUUCUAGGACCAUAAUCAUGCAAUCGUUUAUUGACAAGAACAUUGACCCGGAAGGAUGGGCCCCAUGGGUUGGGACAUUUGGUCAAGACACAUGUUAUUAUGCUGAGUUUAAUAAUAAAGGUCCAGGUGCUGACACUUCAAGGAGGGUUAAAUGGAAAGGGGUCAAGAAAAUAUCUCAACAAGAGGCUGCAAGUUUUGGUCCGGGAACAUAUAUACAAGGAGAUACAUGGAUCAAAGCGUCUAGCGUGCCUUAUGAUGCUGGAUUGAUGAGGAUAUAA